CGGAGCGGGGCACGGAGCCGGGCCAUGCCGUACCUGGGCGGCGAGGAGGUGGUGCGGGAGCUGCGGCGGGCGCUGUCCAACCCGCACGUACAAGCGGAUCGGAUGCGGUACCGCAACGCCGUCCUGCGGGUUAUCCGGCACAUGGCGCAGGGAGUGGACGUAUCGGGGCUGUUCCCGGAGAUGGUGAAGGCCAGCGCGGUACCGGACGUGGUGCAGAAGAAGCUGGUGUCGCUGUACGUGCGGGCGCAGGCCCCGCGGCAGCCGCAGCUGGCGCUGCUGGCGGUCAACACCCUGCGCAAGGACUGCGCCCACCCCAGCCCUGCUGUCAGGGGGCUCGCCCUCCGCAGCAUGUGCGGCCUCAGGAUGCCCGGCAUCCAGGAGUACCUGCAGCAGCCCCUCCUGAGCGGCCUGCGGGAUAAAGCCUCCUACGUGCGGAGAGUGGCGGUGCUGGGCUGCGCCAAGAUGCUGAAGCUGCAGGGGGACUGUGAAGUGGAUGGUGCUUUGGUGAAUGAGCUGUACAGUUUGCUUCGUGACCCGGAUCCUAUUGUAGUCGUGAAUUGUCUGAGGGCAUUAGAAGAGAUCUUGAAGAAGGAGGGAGGAGUUGUCAUCAACAAACCCAUUGCCCAUCAUCUCCUCAACAGGAUGGCAGAUCUGGAUCAGUGGGGGCAGAGCGAGGUGCUCACCUUCCUGCUACGCUACAAGCCCCGCGCUGAGGAGGAGCUCUUUGACAUACUCAAUUUACUGGAUGGCUGUCUCAAAAGCAGCAGCCCCAGCGUUGUGAUGGCAGCCACCAAGCUUUUCCUAGUGCUGGCCAGGGAGUACCCGCACGUGCAGGCAGAUGUUCUGGUGAGGGUGAAGGGCCCGCUGCUGGCUGCCUGCACCUCUGAGAGCAGAGAGCUCUGCUUCACCGCACUGUGCCACGUGCGUCAGAUCCUUCGUAGCCUUCCUGGCCAUUUCAGCAGCCACUACAAGAAGUUCUUCUGUUCGUAUUCAGAGCCCCACUACAUCAAAUGCCAGAAGAUGGAUGUGUUGUGCGAGCUGGUGAAUGAUGAAAAUGUACAGCAAGUGCUGGAGGAGCUGAAGAGCUACUGCAAUGAUGUAUCGAUAGAGCUUGCCCAAGGGGCAAUCUUUGCCAUAGGCAAUAUUGCUAGGACAUACACAGAACAGUGUGUGGGGAUUCUGACAGAGCUACUGAGGCUUCAGCAGGAACAUAUCACUUCAGCAGUCAUAAGGGCUUUUCGGGACCUGGUUUGGCUGUGUCCCCAGUGCACGGAUGCAGUGUGUCAGGCACUGCCUGGCUGUGAGGACACCAUCCAGGACAGUGAGGGCAAGCAAGCGUUGAUCUGGCUCCUGGGCACCCACGGUGAGAAAGUACCAAAUGCUCCCUAUGUUUUAGAGGACUUUGUGGAGAAUGUGAAAUCAGAGAUGUUUCCAGCAGUGAAGAUGGAGCUUCUGACAGCGCUGGUGCGCCUCUUCCUGUCCCGUCCUGCUGAGUGUCAGGACACGCUAGGGAGGCUGCUCUACUUCUGCAUAGAGGAGGAGACGGAUAUGGCCGUACGAGACCGUGGAUUGUUCUACUAUCGCCUUUUGCAGUCUGGUGUGGAGCAAGUGAAACGGGUCCUGUGCAGCCCCAAGUCUGAUCCCUCCCUGGGCCUUCUGGAAGAUAAAACUGAGCAACCCGUGAAUGCGUGGGCUUCAGAGUUUAAUACUCUUGCACCGGUUUAUGGCAGAGAACGCUGGGCACUUAUCACUGCUCACCAGCCAGCAGAACCCUCUUACACUUGUUCUCCUCGUAUUGACUCCAGCAACAGAGACACAGAGUCACUGAUUUCUGAAGAGGAUAAAGAAGUCCUCAAGGUCCAUCCUGACACAGGCAGCCUGACCUUAGUUCCUGAUGUUCACCUGACUGCAGAACAGUUUGAGAAGACCUGGCUGAGCUUGGAUACAAACUGGCACCUUUCUCUGCCCUGGUGUGGGGCAGUUCAUCCGGAUACCAUACAGACAGCUCUUCACGUUGUCCACAUCCAGACUAUUGCUAUGAGCAAAGCUGGUGUCCAGCCAUGGAAAGCUUAUCUCAGUGCUCAGGAUGACACAGGUUGCCUCUUCCUAACAGAGCUCUUGCUCGAGGCAGCAGAUUCGGAGAUGCAGGUUUCAGUGAAGCAGAGUGAGGCAAAGCCAGAGGCAAUGCAGGCCUUUAUUUCGGCAUUAAAGACAGUCAUGGGGACAGUUGCUGGGCUGGAGUCCUGACUGGUCCCUGCUCCUAGUAGGAUGCUUGCUCAGGGCAUGGGGAAAGUUUAUUUCUCUGGCUUUAUUUGCCAUACUUGAUGCUGGUUUUGCACUUUAAAGCUGUGAGAGUGUUUGCUGCCCUUUCCUGGGCUUGGACAGCACGUGUGGUGAGGCGGUCACUGCAGUGGAGCAGGGGGAAGGGUCUGUCCUCCCUCUGGGGUGGGGAAGGGACAAGGUGAUGCAUUUGUGAGCCUGCUGCUUCUGGUCUGAAUCACAGAAGUGGUGUCUGCGGUGCUUGUCACAAGGCACUGAGGUGGCUGACGGAGCCAGAGACGAGCAAGAUUCAGGGAUGUGUUUUGGAGAGUUUUUUUCUUGAGAAUCGUAAAUGAUUCAAGAAAAGAGUUCUGAGACUCCAGGAUGCAGCCGCUUGUCUCGCAUUAAGAGGAACAGUGCAGUGAAGAAAGAAGUAUUUAGUUCUUGGCUCCCUUUCCAAGGGAUUUCAAUAGUAGCUUCUCUACCAGUGAUUCUUGUUCUGCUGUGUCAGAGAUGGGUGGACAAGGUACAUUGGCCUCAAGAAAUGUUACCUAUUUCUUUUUCAAGAGAAAGAAGUGUAUUUUCUCAUUGGAAUGUGUUGCUGGGGUCACGAAUCACCCUAUCUGAAGUCCCCCCCUCAGCUCCCUGUGGCCAGGGUGACUGUGAGAAAACACAGAGUGUGCAGGUCUUGUAUGAUGUG